AUGAAGAACGAGUGGCGUGGCCUGACACGUCUGUCCCAGGACGUGGUUGGGAUCAGAGUGUCAGAGGCUGGAGGGAGAGAGAGCGCCAUCAGGACACCUGCUGCUUUUGAGCGGACCGCCAGCCAAUCAGGGCUCGGCGUUCCCCACCUGGACCCAUUGGACUCGCUCUCAUUGAUAGUGUCAGCGCUGCUCCUUCCGAUUGCGACGGUGGGGAACGUGGCCAUAUAUAAGGGCGCCGUCCCCUGA